GCACAAACAACAAAGGUAAAUUUGACCAAGGACACAGCAGAGAGCAGAGGGGAACGACGACGACGACGAUGGCUGAGUCAAGAUACAACAUCCACUCGCAGCAGGAGCACCUGCAAUCCAAGUACAUGGGCACUGGACAUGCAGACACAACCAAGCAUGAGUGGGUGACCAACCAGCACCGCGACACAUACACAUCCAUGAUUGGCCACGAGGGCUUGAUGGACUACGUCUCCAUUGCAGAGAACGAAUCGCGAGAACGCACGCGAUUCAACCUCCUCCAGAGGAUGAUUUCGCCCUGUGGACCGCCCGUGAAGAAGGCGGAUGCAGAGUAACGACAGCUUGCAGGCAACAGAACCUGCACGUUUCCUGCUUUGAACGCGUUGUCCUGUUGCGAAGCGUAAUUGCAGCAUGCAUGGUCGCUUGUUUGAGACAUCCCCAGAGCUGUUGCGGCACAUGAAUGCGUCUGUGUCUGUGUGUGUGCGUGUGUGUGCGUGUGUGUGUGUUUGUGUUUGUGUGUGUGUGUACAUGAGGGGUGUUGUUACUUGAGGCCUGUGUGAUGCCGAAUAGACGUUUAAUCAACCACGAUCUGUGGGUCGCCAUCUUUGCGUGUGCUUCAUGACGACAAGCAUGUGCUGUGUGUGCGGAUGGCUCUUCG